AAAAGCAUCAUGGUUUGAUUCUUUCCAAUGUUUCUCAUGAACCUUAGUCACAAAGCAAACUUAUUUUCUUCAUCAUUCGACUCAUUUUUGUCACUUUUUCUUUUUUGCCACCUUUGUCUUCAUACACUUUGCGCUCUCCACUGGUUUAAAUUCACUCCAUUUCUACGUGCAAUGUUAUUAAAAGCAUCCCCGUUCACCGUUGCUCGUUAGCGCUUUCAGUAAGGACGCUUAUGAAUCGCAUUUAAAAUCCGGCUUAGUCUUUCCUUGGAAUCGCAGAAACACCUCACAAAAUCAUGGCCAAUGCAGCUUCUAAGUGCCUAUUCUUGUUCUUCCUCUCUCUCCUCUUUUUCUGUUCAUCAGGAACCCUGGUGGGUUUCUCAUAUCAUGCAAGUGGAAACACUGCAGUUUCAUCACCUGGAAGAACAUUAUCAUUCCUGAAGCAAAACAAGAUCAACCCGUCUCAGAUUCGAGUCUCUGUCGAAGAUCCUAGGGUUUUAAGUACUCUGUCCAAAACCGGUGUAGCUGUUGAUCUCUACUUGAAUGAGAGGCAGGUCGAAAACAUAAUCAGCUCCGAAUCUUCCCCAAAAUCAUGGUUGAAAACGCACAUAAUGCCUUUUAUCUCGCAAGUAGACAUCAAAAGCAUCGUAGCAAUUAGUGGCAAUGAUGAUACAAGAAAAUCUAGUCUGCCUAGGGUUUUAUCCAGCCUCAAAACCCUACACUCUAUCCUCACUAGUCUUCCUUUCGACCGAAGAAUUAAGGUGUCAGUAGCAUUUUCUUUGUCAUUUCUUGAGAAUUUGAGAAGAGGAAAUGAAAGAGACCUGCAUAGUAUCUGUAGUUUUAUCAAUGAAGUGAGAUCCAUCGUUAUAGAAGCAAACAUCGACAAAGAAUUGAGCAUGGGCGACAAAUUUGUUCGGUCAUUGAUCGAAAAAGCCGGCCUUGCUCAUUCCGUUCUGACUUGUAGUGAUGUCCCAAUGGUUUUGACAAUCAAAAGUCCAGCAGUUCCCAAUACAACUGAAAUGGCUCAAUUCGCCGACAAGGUUUCAAAAGCUUUAGAAAACGAAACUCAGAUUGCAAGUAGGUUAGUAGGGUUAUAUGCAGAAGUAGAUUGCAUGGAUCCGGAAGAUUUUGCACAGAAAGAGCUCAAAAGAGAAGAGGAACAGAUAUUUCCUUCUUCCAGCAGAAAACUCCUAAGCGAUCUCCACCCGAAAACAACUUCACAUGAUGCAUAUGGCUCACCAACAAUCUUCCCUACAAAUUCAACACCACCACUACCCACAAAUUCUCCAUACAACUCCCCAAACAAUGUCACUGUCCCAGCUACAAACCCGGUAACAAUAACUCCAGCUAACCCUGCCACCCCCGUGGAAGUUUCCUCCUCCACACCUCCUCCCUCAAACCCUGUGAGUCCACCAUUGCCAGUUACCACAACUCCACCAACUACUAACCCUGCGACAACUUACCCACCGCCACCUGGAGGUGUUCCCUCAACAACACCACCCGUCACGAAUCCGAUCACACCUCCCGCAACUUCUAAUGCUCCUGCAGUUCCAGGGCAGAGCUGGUGUGUGGCAAAGAGUGGAGCACCACAAGCAGCACUUCAGGCAGCUUUGGAUUAUGCGUGUGGAAUGGGAGGCAUAGAUUGCUCACAGAUCCAGCAGGGUGGGAGCUGUUACGAUCCAAAUUCUCUACAGAAUCAUGCCUCUUAUGCAUUCAACAGCUACUAUCAGAAGCAUCCUGUGUCAACUAGCUGUGACUUUGGUGGGGUUGCCACAAUAGUUUCUGCUAAUCCAAGCACUGGUUCCUGCAUUUAUGCAUCAUCAUCAUCAUCCUCAACCCCAACAACACCAACUUCGAAUCAGACAACAACGAAUCCACCACCACCAUCAACAAUUCCGCCACCACCAUCGACAAUUUCACCACCAACAUCACCAACUCCGAAUCAGACAACCACGAAUCCACCACCACCAUCAAAAAUUCCACCACCAACAUCGACAAUUCCACCACCAACGUCAACAACUCCGCCACCAACACCAACUCGUAAUCAGACAACAACCAAUCCACCGCCAACGUCAACAACUCCACCACCAACGUCAACUCCACCGCCAGCAAUCACAUCAUUUCCACCACCAGGGGAAGGUGUAUUAGGCUUUGGUACUCCGCCUUCGGGUUUGAACUCAAGCAACCCGGCUCCUUCAGGAACCAUGCCAGAAUUUGAGCCCGACAGCCGUCCGUUUCAACCCGGUUUCAACACAUCAAUAUCCACUUCAGCAAGCUUGCAACCGUCUUUUGGUUGCAUCCUUUUCGGAACAGCCUUGGUUACAAGAAAUAUUUUUCUCAACAUGUGA